GUUAUUAGGCCGACUUGUGAUUACUAGGUAAUUAUUAUAACUAGUGAAAAUAGUAAUUUUUAUUAAUCUCGCUACCGUUGGGACUGUAUUUCGAUAAGUGCGAGCGUAGGAUGUACAUGUUUCCGGGCAUUUUGGAAAACGUAGCAAAGGUUCGUUCAGAGUUAGUUAACGAUCUGGAAAUCCCUGAGAUAAGUUUGACACCCUAUGUUUGGACACCCGAGGAGUCACUCAGGUCAGAUAGUUCGUCGACGUGUGACGAUGUGUUGACGACUUCGUCGGACUCCAGCCUGGCGUUGUCGAGAGCUAUGACGGACUCUGAAAUCGACUAUGGACGAUAUAGUAGGUGGAAGAAUCGCAGUUACAGUGAUCCCUGGACAGAACUGCAGGCAGCUCUCGACGCUUUUCCUCCUGGCUAUUUGGAUUCCUUAAAGAGCUUUGAAUCCUCAUCUGAAGGCACAAUGGACUCCUGGUCGGAAAGUUCUCGUUUUACCGAGGAGCUGGUGGAAAAAAUGGAGAGGUUCUUCGAAGAGGAGUGCCGAGUGUUCACUCCGGAUGAUCCGGGACUACGGGACUUACAAGAGUCGCUGCAACUUUUCCAAGAUUCCGAUGCAGAUAGCAGCAUUGCCGAGUCUAAGCUAACAUAAACAGUCACAAACUGCAAUGUAACGUUAUAGUAUUAGGAUAAAGUCAGCGAUUUUCACGAGGGUGCAAUUUGAAGGCACAAGACGAAGAGAAUAAACGCACCACACCCGAGAAGCGGAAUCGCACUUUCCUUGAGUGAUGCAUUAU